ACCCGGUGGCCUGGCUCUCUCGCUCAUGGCUGUCCAGGGCGGUACUGCCACUGACUGCUCCUCUGUCAUCGAUGACAGCCAUGUGCCCCAGUUCGAGGUGGCCACGUGGAUCAAAAUCACCCUCAUCCUCGUGUAUCUGCUCAUCUUCGUGGUGGGCAUCGUGGGGAACAGCGUCACCAUUCGGGUGACCCAGGUGCUGCAGAAGAAAGGCUACCUGCAGAAGGAGGUGACGGAUCACAUGGUGAGCCUGGCUUGCUCGGACAUCUUGGUCUUCCUCAUCGGCAUGCCCGCGGAGUUCUAUAGCAUCAUCUGGAACCCCCUGACCACGCCCAGCUACACCGUGUCCUGUAAGCUUCACACGUUCCUCUUCGAGGCGUGCAGCUAUGCCACCCUGUUGCAUGUGCUGACGCUCAGCUUCGAGCGCUACGUGGCCAUCUGCCACCCGUUCAGGUACAAGGCCAUGUCCGGGCCCUGCCAGGUGAAGCUGCUGAUCGGCUUUGUCUGGGUCACCUCUGUCCUGGUGGCCUUGCCUCUGCUUUUCGCCAUGGGGGUAGAAUACCCCCUGUUGCACGUGCCCAGCCACCGGAGUCUCCCCUGCAACCGCACCCGCACCCGCCACCACGAGCAGCCCGAGCAGUCCAAUAUGUCCAUCUGCACCAGCCUCUCCAGCCGCUGGACCGUGUUCCAGUCCAGCAUCUUCAGCGCCUUCAUCAUUUACCUGGUGGUCCUGGUCUUGGUGGCCUUCAUGUGCUGGAGCAUGAUGCAGGUGCUCAAGGGCAGCAAGCAAGGCACAGUGGCCAGGAAGGAGCAGCAGCUGAGGAAGUCGGAGAGCGAGGAGACCCGGGCUGCGCGGAGGCAGAUCAUCAUCUUCCUCAGGCUGAUCGUCGUGACCUUGGCCGUCUGCUGGAUGCCUAACCAGAUCCGGAGGCUCAUGGCUGCAGCCAAGCCCAAGCAUGACUGGACGAUGGCAUACUUCCAGGCGUACAUGAUCCUCCUGCCCUUCUCUGACACCUUCUUCUACCUCAGUUCGGUCAUCAACCCGCUCCUGUACAACGUGUCCUCGAAGCAGUUCCGCCGCGUGUUCCUGCAGGUGCUGCGCUGCCACCGCCUGACGCUGCAGCACGCCAACCAGGAGAAGCGCCUGCGUGGCCUGUCCACCUCCACCACCUCCUCCGGCGGCCGCUCCGUGCGCCGCCCGCUCCUCUCCCUGGUCUCCCGGAGCAAUUCCUCUGCAAGAAGACCUAACAUAGUUGUCUUAAGCACUUUUCAGAGCGAGCCUCCGAAGCCCCGGCCAGUGACUCCCGACUGUCAGCCCCCACCAUUGACGCCUGAGUCGCCUGAGCCCGACUUGGAGACCAAACCAGCCAAUUAUUCUGCUUCUGAGAAUGGGUUUCAGGAGCAGGAAGUGUGA